GAUGUGGACCCCCUCUCUCGCCUCGCCUUCUGCGCACAGCACAUGCGGUGGCUUCUUCCUCCUCGCUUCUCCCUAGGCUCCUCUCGAUUUCGAAUAUUCGGGAUAAACGCGUCUCCUGCGGUGAUCUUUUUCUCCCUCGGGUUCGUGCUUCUGCCAUUUCGAGCCGAAUGGAGUCUACCCAGAACCGGGACGCGGACGUGGAGGACGACAGCAGAGCAACAGCCGCCGUCAACCGCGACGAGCGGAGCGCCCGCGAGAUUUCGCCUCCCGAGCCACCGCGAGUCCGGAACGGGUUCCUGAAGGAAGAACUGGCCAACAGCGACCCCGAGCGCGAGGCGCUCCUCGCCCCCGGCGGAGGCUCGCAGGUUUCUCUCUCCUCCCCACGGUUCCAGAGAACGGUGGCUCCUCCGAGGCGGCCUUCCAAGGACCGCCACACGAAGGUGGAGGGGCGGGGGCGGAGGAUCCGCAUGCCGGCGGCCUGCGCGGCGAGGAUUUUCCAGCUGACGAGGGAGUUGGGGCACAAGAACGACGGCGAGACCGUGCGGUGGUUGUUGGAGCACGCGGAGAAUGCCAUCAUCGAGGCGACGGGGACCGGUACGGUCCCUGCGAUCGCGGUCUCCGUCGGCGGGGCUCUGAAGAUCCCGACGACGCCGUCCUCGUCCUCGAAGGAAGACGGCGAUCCUCCGAAGAAAAAGAGGAAUCGAGCUUCGAACAGCGAUUUCUUCGACGCCCGCGAGCCUGUCUCGACCCGGUCGGGGUUCGCGCCGAUCACGUACUGUAGCGGCGGCGGCGGUUUAAGUCACGGAUUGAUGCAGUUGUGGCCCGUGGGAACUCCUAACGGCGGCGGCAGCGGCGGCGGCGGCGGGGGACGGUGUUCGUGCUACCCCCCGGCUCGUCCGGUCAGACGCAGCCGUCGUUUCUGGCGAUCCCGCCGAUCUUCCAAGUCGGCGCGCGGCCAAUCUCGACCUCAACGACUUCACCGACCGGCGGCGGAGACGGCGGUUCCACGGAGGCGUCGACGGUGGCGCCGAGCUCGAGCUCGCCAGUGGCGGCGAGCGCGGUCUCCGGCAGCACGAGCAGCGGCGCGCCCCACAUGCUCAAGGACUUCUCCUUGGAGAUAUACGACCGGAAGGAGCUCCAGUUCCUGGGGCGGAGCCCAAACUCGCCGCCGUCGUCGUCCUGCUCGAAGCCCUGAGGAUGAUGAUGACGGGUCGGUCGUCGUCGACGGUCGAGAUAACCGAAGGUUAGAGCUGAAGUAGUAGGGGUGGCGGGGCGGUGGAUGUCUGCUUUUUCCAUUUCCCCUGUUUUUUCUUUUUUUGAAUCCUUUGUGCAGUCGAGGUAAAACAGAUAAUUAUAAGAAACGAGGAACGCGACCAGCAUAUCCUGAAAAACACUACUAAAUUCUAGGACUCCGUUCGUGCUAA